GGCUGACGACGCUAGGAAAAAACAACAAUGGCUACACAUAAGAGAAUUUAACAUCUAAUUUCCGAGUCUCUAUUUAAAUCACUCUUGGGAUUCAUUUUAUGCAUGCAAUGCUUAGAGACAGUACUUCUCCAUGGCUAACACAAUUUUUAUUGUUGGGGUACUAGGCAACAUCAUUUCAAGUCUGGCCUACCUUUCUCCCUUGAGAACUUUUUGGAGAAUUGUAAAGAAGAGAUCGACAGAGGAUUUUUCAAGCAUUCCUUAUAUCUGCACAUUAAUGAAUGCUAUCCUGUGGAUUUACUAUGGAAUCACCAAGCCUGAUAGCUUCCUCAUCGCCACCAUCAAUGGUUUUGGUGCCGUAACUCAGAUUGUUUACAUUCUGAUAUUUCUGGUGUUCAUAUCUCCAAGAAUGAGAGCCAAGACCGCCUUGCUAGUCGGACUUUUGGAUGUGGCAUUUGUUGCAGCAGCAAUCUCGUUCACCCAUUUUAUGUUUCAAGGAGAUGUAAGAAUCGAUGUUGUUGGCUUCAUCUGCGAUUGCUCCAGUAUGCUUGUUUAUGCUUCGCCUCUUGCGGCUAUGCAGAAAACAGUCAUUACAACAAAGAGUGUAGAAUUCAUGCCAUUCCUUCUCUCAUUUUCCAUUCUACUAAAUGGAGGCUUCUGGACUCUCUAUGCACUGCUUGCAAAAGACAUUCUUGUUGGAAUACCAAAUGGGAUUGGAUUACUUCUUGGGAUAGCCCAGUUGAUUCUAUAUGGGAUAUACCACAGAUACAAGCCACUGAAGGAAGCAUCAGAUAAUUUGGAGGAUGGAUUGCAAAAUGAGUCCCUUAUCCCUACUCGCGACUCUGUUUCAUAAAAACAGCAGAUCAGGGUUUUGAGACUUUUUGUGCCCGCCACACUAUUUAUGCUAUGAAAUGCAGCAUAAUAGAUUACUCUGUAAUGAAAUACUGUAUAUUGCUAUAUAUAAGAUUAUUCUGUUAAAAAUAGGAUUUGGCUCGGGUAGCUUGGGCAAAGAUUGGCCCUCGAGAGUAAAGGCAAAAGAGAGCUAGACUGCAAAACACAUCUAUUAAG